AUGAUGGACGCGCCCACCUUCUUGCCUUACGACUCGCGGAGCGCUCCCGCUGCCCACAUGCAACGGCCCUUGCCUCCGCAGUACGUCGUCGCUCCGGCUUACAACUCCGGGCACAUGUCAAACCCGCCACCCCACCACUAUCCAAAUCAACAAGCCUUCGCAUACGUGCCCUACCAGAGCCCGCCGCCGUCUACUCCGGUCGGCUCUCCGUACAGGCAUGACGCACACGAGCGGCUCGCCCACGGCCACAAGAUGCCGGGGCCGGAUAGCGAUGGCCCUAGAACCAUGCCUUUCCGACGGGACUCGAGGCACACCAACGAGGUCCGUCUCCGGUCACCAUCAGCGCGGAGCGAGUCUCAAGUCUCGACCGCCCGCUCCGUCGCCUCGAACCCGACGGCCAACUCCAAGUCCAUCACAUACAACGAAACCAUCAACCCGGCCGACAGGAUCAACUUUGAGACUGACGUUGAUGAGCUCAUGAAGGUCAUCCAGGACAAGGAAGACCGCGAGGACGGAGUUCGAACCCAGGCGCCCACGCCUGCCCAGACACCCAAUGCCGAGCCCCUAUCGGGUUCCCAGAGCCCUGUCAGCACCGUCCACUCGUCGAAUUCCCGGACGGAGCCGAAGCCCAAGAAAAAAUGGGUUUGCGACGGGCCCAACUGCAACAAGCGCUUCGUUCAAAAAACCCACCUCGAUAUUCACCGCCGCACGCACACCGGUCAGAAGCCUUAUGUCUGUACCAAGGACAACUGCGGGCUCACCUUUUCUCAGCGCGGCAACCUCAAGACACACAUGCGACGACACACGGGGGAGAAGCCCUACUCUUGCAGCAUCUGCGGCAAGCUGUUCGCCCAGCGCGGCAAUGUUCGAUCCCACGAGGAAACUCACAAGGGCCUCAAGCCUUUCAUCUGUAGACUCGACGACUGCAACAAGACUUUCUCUCAGCUUGGCAACAUGAAGACUCACCAGAACAACUUCCACAAGGAGACACUUCAGAGGCUUACCGACAUGUUCAUCAAGUUUGCGCAGAUGGGGGAGGUGCCGGAAGAGCAUCAGGAGCUGUUUGAAUAUUUCAAAGUUCACUACAAGAACAGCAACAAGGGCAUCAAGGGCCGCGGCAAGGCCCGAACAGUUGCCCCAAAAUCAAAGGGCGGAUCCCAGGCUCCUUCGUCCAUGGCCUUCCCGCACCUGCCCAUGCCGACCCAGCAGCCAGCGUACGUUCCCGGACCGUCCAACUCGUUGGCCAGCAUUCCGCGCCACCACCCUACUGGCAACUGCGGCAUGUUUGAGCAACAUCACGGCAACGGCGGCCCCGGCAUUCUCUACGAGGACGAGCACGCGCGACAGAUGGCCUUCUCGGCCGAUCGCCUGUACUGA